GAUGGGGGCAGCCAUGUAACCGGCGCUCUGCUAGGUGAGCGCGGUGUGGGCCGGAGCUCCGCGGCCAUCACCUCAGCAGUGCGGUGGCACCGGCACCAUGAGGAACGGCGAUGACCUGGAGGGGUUCGACGGCGAGGCGUCCAGUACCUCUAUGAUCUCUGGGGCUAGCAGUCCCUACCAGCCCACCACGGAGCCUGUCAGCCAGCGCCGCGGGCUCGGCGGCCUCCGCUGCGACCUGGACUACCUGCGGGGCACCUUCGGCAGGAUCAAGCUGGCUGAGGUGGAUCUGGUCAACACUGGACUCAGCACUUUCUUCUUUUUCAUUGCCUCUGUAGUACUUGCUGCUUUAAACCAUAAAACUGGAGCAGAAAUUGCUGCUGUGAUAUUUGGUUUCUUGGCAAUGGCAAUGUAUGCUGUGAACACAUAUUUAGCUAUUAAAAAGUGGCGAAUGAACAGCAGACAACAAAGUAGUCAGCAGACCAGUGAUUACAUAUGUGCUUGGACAGAGUCCAGAGAAGUGGAUCAUCGCCCUGAGAUUCAGCAUCUGGAUGCAUGAAAGUGACAUUCAAAUGGGACUGCAAAAGGAAAAGACAUGCUUAACUCCAUCAUGGAAUAAAGGGGUUUGUCUUUAUUUAAGGAAGAAAAGGGAGAUCAGAUGGUGGCAAAGAGUGCCCAGCCCUGCAUAUGUUCAGAGGUGUAUUGAGUCAGAAGCUGUUGUCAUGAAGGCAGUAAAUGUUGGUCAUUCAAAAGCAAGAUCUGUUUAAGAUGUACACAUAUAUACACACAUAUAUAGCUUAUAUAAUAUAUAUGUGUUCUGAAGUAUGUUAUUGUUUUGGAUUAACUGCACAGUACUUCCCUCUCCCAAGUGGAAGGUCUGAAUAUACAUGUUCUGCCACUGUUUCUUCACCUAUUGGAAAACACUAAGACCAGCACUGCAUUGGUUGGUUAAUAUAAGAAAGAAAAGCACCUAAAGGAAAUUUAAUACAUGCAAAAAGGAAAUGAGGGGCAAAUAGCAAUAACUUUAGCCAUGUUAUUAUGUCCAGUAAACUCUCUGUAUCCAUCCUCAUGCAGCCUCAGCAGUGCAUCUCAUUUCUUGUCUGCAAGAUCUCCUGCAGUUUCACUGUUGGUGCACUUAUAUAGCUGAAAUGGACAACCAUCUUCCAUUUUUUGUUUGGUGGAUGUAGCGCUGAGGUAGUUACUCUAUGGGUUACUCUGGAAUUGCCAUAUUCAGUUCAUACAUGAAUUUGUGCAGUUAGCAUGUUCCCUGAAUGGUCACCAUAAUGCAUCAAGUGCAAGUAUGUGGUUUU